UUCAGGAAGGGGCAAUUCAGGUUGCUGUGACUGGGUCUGUCGUCUGGGCUGGGUUGACUCGCUCCUCUCUGGAUGCUUUGGAAGAGCGUGUGGACAGCUGAGAGCUGCUAGCUGUCAGCAGAGCUCUGGUGUUUUCAGCCACAGGCUGCGCCCGGGACAUUACCGGCUGACAUCUGGGAACUGUUUUGAAUGGAGCAGUCGUGAUCCUACUAACGAUUCCUUGAGCUGAUUCACUCUUAAAUUCCAAAGGCUGGAGAUUUGAUCCUGGUCAAUGUAUGUAGCACUUACCUCAACUCCAACAGAAAUUAAUGCCAACAGUAUGCCUAAACAAGUUGAGGUGAGGAUGCACGAGAGUCACCUGGAGCCCAUUGAGGCCAGGCCUCAGUCCAAAUGUGCCAAAAUCUGCUCCAAGCUGUGCACGAACCUUCUGCUCACACUCACCGUCCUCGGUGUGAUCUUGGGAGCUGUAUCAGGGAUGUUGCUUCGUGUCGCCUCCCCGAUCCACCCGGAUAUUGUCAUGGUGAUUUCUUUUCCCGGAGACAUCCUGAUGAGGAUGCUGAAGAUGUUGAUCCUGCCACUCAUCAUCUCCAGUUUAAUCACAGGUCUGGCUGGUUUGGAUGCCAAAUCCAGCGGUCGCCUGGGAACCAGAGCUAUGGUCUACUACAUGAGCACAACUGUUAUUGCUGCUGUACUGGGAGUCAUCCUGGUGUUAGUCAUCCACCCAGGCAACCCCAAACUGAAGGAGAAUCUGGGCGAAGGCGAGAAAAACGAUGAAGUGUCCAGUUUGGAUGCCUUCUUCGAUCUGAUCAGGAACCUGUUCCCAGAGAACUUGGUGCAGGCUUGUUUCCAACAGAUCCAAACCGUCACGAAGAAGGUAGAGGUGAUUAUUGCGGAGAAUGUCAGUGCAACGUCUGUUGACGGCCUGGUGGCUAACAUGACCAAGGAGCCUCAGUUCAUCGUCCAAAAAACCCUUCAGUUCAAAAGUGGCAUGAAUGUUCUGGGUAUGAUUGGUUUCUUUAUUGCAUUUGGCAUCUGCAUGGGCAAGAUGGGCGAGAGGGCCAGACUCAUGCUUGAAUUCUUCAACAUCCUCAAUGAGAUUGUGAUGAAACUUGUCCUCUGUAUCAUGUGGUACUCUCCCUUUGGUAUUGCCUGUCUUAUCUGUGGUAAGAUCAUCUCCAUCAAGGACCUGGAGGUGGUGGCCAGGCAGCUGGGAAUGUACAUGGUGACUGUGAUUGUUGGCCUCAUAAUCCACGGAGCAAUCUUCCUUCCCAGCAUCUACUUUGUUAUUGUCCGGAAAAACCCCUUCACCUUCUUCAUCGGAAUCUUCCAGGCCUGGAUCACUGCCCUGGGGACUGCCUCCAGUGCUGGUACACUGCCUGUCACCUUCCGUUGUCUGGAGGAUAACUUAGGUAUCGACAAAAGAGUCACUCGUUUUGUCCUCCCGGUCGGUGCCACCAUCAACAUGGAUGGAACUGCUCUGUAUGAGGCGGUUGCAGCCAUCUUCAUUGCCCAAAUGAACGGCAUCUACCUUGACCCUGGUCAGAUUAUCACUGUCAGUAUGACAGCCACCCUGGCCAGUAUUGGAGCUGCCAGUAUUCCAAGUGCCGGCCUGGUGACUAUGCUCUUGAUCCUGACCGCUGUAGGCCUGCCAACCCAAGACAUCAGUCUGCUGGUGGCUGUUGACUGGCUGCUCGAUCGAUUCAGGACCUCAGUGAACGUGGUGGGUGACUCCUACGGUGCAGGCAUCGUGUACCACUUGUCCAAGGCUGAGCUUGACGAGCUGGACGCGCACACGGCCAAAUCCGAUGACAUUGAAAUGAUGUCGAAGAACCAGUCUUAUUACGACGACAUGAAGAACCACCACGAAAACAAUUCCAACCAGUGCGUCUUAACCUCUACCGCUGUCGCUACCUCUAGUGCCACUGCUAACAAUUCUGUCGUAGUAGAUGAAUGCAAGGUAACCUCAGCCACUAACGGCUCUGCUGCGGAGUGCACGCUUGUUGAGGAGGGACCAUGGAAACAUGAAUAAUGGCAGCACAGAGAUCCCCUGCUGCUGGGCUCCACAAGCUUUCCUAUUUGGUGAUAAAAAAAGAGUGAAUGAAAACAAAGUCACACGAACAGAACUACUAAUUGUUUUUUUAUGUAGUUUUCUUUUUUUAUUAGUCCCUUUACAAGUUUUUGUAACUGUCUAUCUGACUGAUUUAUAAUACUAAUUCAUUUAAUUCACGUGAAAUGAUAACAGAGGUAUACUUUACCUGUUAGAGCACAAUUAUGACCGUAUAGCAGAUACUUGCACAACAUACUUCAAGGCUUGGGGAGGAAAGGAAGAGAAAAACAAGUUAGAUAAGCUACACCUAGCAAUAUAUCCUGGUUCUACAUUUAUGUGAGACGCUAUUAAGAUGAGAGAAGAAGUUAGAGCAUUAAUCAUGACAACCAACGUAAUGUUUGGACUGAACUUUCUUGAAUUUCAGCCCUGUCAGUACCAUCACAAAUGUGUGCAUAAGGCCACUGAUUUUCCUUAUCAGCUCAGUCUCAUCGAAAAACAUCACUUUUGAUUCUCAAACUGUCAGAGACUUUAAACUGCAUCUGACUGCAUUUGCCCAAUAUUUCCCGCUAUCCCUGAGGUCCAGCAAACUGAUGAAAGGGUAGGAGGCAGGGAGAACAGUUAAGAACAGGAUAACCACACUGAGCCUCAUAACCUACAAGCACAGUCACAGGAAUUAUACAGCACAAAUCAUACCAUGGGCGCCCUUUUUUGUAUCCCCCUUUUGUUUUCCUUUGUUUUCUGCUGUAAAGGAAAGGGACUUAUUUGUCCUCAUGUAACAUGUUGAAUGAGAUAUAAUUCUGGUUUGUGUGCGUGCGUGUGUGUGUGUGUGUGUGUGUGUGUGUGUGUGAGAGAGAGAGAGAGAGAGAGAGAGAGAGAGAGCUAGAGUUAAGAACAUGACCAAGUUAAGUAUAGGGACCAAACAGGCAGAAAAUCAAUCAACUUACAGAGGCUUUUGAACUGCCUCCCUGACGUCACUCACAACAUU